AAUGGAUGUUGGAGGGGUAAUUCAAAGAGAGCUGUAGCGGCACAAAUUCGUAAUGACUUUCGGAAUCUGCAACACAACCACCAUCACCACCGGACCUCAAGCUAAGACGCCAAACGUCUCGUCUCCGUCAAUUCUCAACCCCACCAACCAUGGCUUCACGAACACUCCUCGCUCCUGCCGUACGGGUCGCAUCUAAACAUGCCCGCCCCGCCGCCCGCUUCCUCCCACACCUCCGCAACCUGACCACCGCCCCGAUCACGGCGCAAGCCACCGUGCCCGCCGACCCGGGGCACCCCCGCAACCCUUCCGUCCCGCUCACGCCGUCGACGCCGACGCUAUCGCAGCACCUAACGCUCGCCGACCGGCUCGCGCUCCGCUUCCGCGAGUACAUCCCGAACACGACGGAGACGUACGUGGCGUACGACGUAACGCGCACUUUGUAUCACGAAUGCGCUUUGCAAUCCGCGUACGCGGACGGCGAGGACUUCUCGGCCUCCGCGGCGUUCUGGUACGGCACGUGUGCGCGGCCGCCGACGUUCCAGAGCUGGUCGCAGGUCACGGUGCUGCACAUGUGGAUGCUGGCGGCGCGCAUGCGCGCGCUCGACCGCGACCGCGUCAAGAUCUGGCAGCAGCACUUUAUCGACCACUUCUUCUACGACGCGGAGGAGAAGAUGGUGAAGCGCUACGGCAUCAAGAGCGCGGGCCAACGCGGCGGGUACAUGAAGGAUCUCUACCAUCAGUAUCGCGGCAUGACCGCCGCGUUCGAUGAGGGCCUUGUCAGGGGCGAUGCCGUGCUUGCUACCGCCCUCUGGAGGAAUAUCUUUAAUGCUAGCUCCGAUGUGGAUGUCGAGGUCCUGGCGAUGGUCACCAGCCAUGUUAGGCGCGUCGUGUCGAAGCUGGGGAGCGUCGAUGACGAGGUGGUGCUCACUGGCCGUGUCAAGUUUGGACUGCCGGAGGAGGAGAGGGCCGUUGUCAGGCAGAAGAGUGUGCUGGUCGACAAGCUGGGGGAUGAGGUUCAGCAGAAGCCUUCUGCAUCUAUGGCUUCAUAAACAGACAGACAGGCAGGAUGGCAUGGUAUGGGUGACAUAGCUACUUGGUUAAAAUGGUGUACAACAGAUAGUAGAUAGGACGAAAAUGUACUUGUAUGGAAUGGAUUGUUGCAUAGAGUAGCGGCCUGCAAUCACGUACCCUCACUCGUGUCAUUUUCGCUUCCUAGAUAGGUAGGCCGUAUGCAACAAUAAAUUGAU